AUGCUUCCCCAGCUACCCAGCUCUUGUUCUUCCAUCAUGCAUCGCACAACCAGUCUCCAGUUCACCACCCUCAUCAUCAUAUGCAUCGCUUCUUUUUCACAAGUGGUGCAUGCACUAGCACUCCAACCCCAGCUUGUGCAUGCCCAUGGUGGCGGCUGCAUCCCAGCCGAGAGGGCCGCCUUGCUCUCCUUCAAGAAGGGCAUCACAACUGACGGCGCGCAUUCCCUCACCUCGUGGCACGGGCAGGAUUGCUGCCGGUGGAGGGGAGUCGGUUGCAGCAACCGAACAGGCCAUGUUAUCAAGCUACACCUUCGUCGCAGUACAGUUCGGGACCCUGACGACUAUUACUAUGAUGGGUGCUCUUAUGCUAAGUCAUUGUUCGGCGAGAUAAGUCCCUCUCUUCUUUCCUUGAAGCAUCUAGAGCAUAUGGAUCUUAGCAUGAACUGUUUGCUAGGGCCAACUGGUCAUAUUCCUCAGUUCUUGGGGUCCAUGGAGACUUUGAAAUAUAUUAACCUCUCCGGUAUUCCAUUUACCGGUAGAGUUCCUUCUCAACUUGGUAAUCUGUCCAAGUUGCAGCAUCUUGACCUUGACCAGGUUUACCUUGACAGUUCCGGGAUGUCCUCAACGGACAUCACCUGGUUAGCAAAGCUACCAUUGUUGCAGCACCUUAGCUUGAGCGGUAUAGAUCUCUCGAUGAUAGCUGACUUGCCUCGCACCUUGAAUAUGAUUCCAUCUCUAAGGGUUAUCAAUCUUGCUAGAUGUUCCCUUGAUACUGCAAGCCAGCCGCUUCUCUACCUUAACCUGACGAAACUUGAGAAGCUUGAUCUGUCCUUGAAUAAUUUAGGCGACUCAAUUGCAUCAAGUUGGUUUUGGAACGUGACAAGCCUCAAAUACCUAAGCCUUCGUGAGAAUUAUUUUGCGAGUUGGUUAUCUGGCAAACUUCCCGAUGCACUAGGAAACAUGACGUCACUCAAGGUCCUUGAUGUGUCAGCUACCAAUCUUAAUAAGACAGGAAACCUUAAAAAUCUUUGCUCUUUGGAAAUCCUCGACCUCUCCGAAAAUCGUAUGAAUGGAGAUAUAAUGGUCUUGAUGGAGGGGUUGCCGCAAUGCACAUGGGAAAAAUUGCAGGAGCUAGAGUUCGGUGGAAACAAAUUCACAGGGGUUGUGCCAAAUUUUAUAGGGGAAUUCAGCAGCCUGAGCAUGCUUUACCUGUACAGCAACAGCAUUGUUGGACCUUUACCGCCAGGGCUUUGGAAUUUGGUGAAUUUAACCAUCCUGGAUCUUAGUGAGAAUCAGCUCAACGGGAAUGUACCAACUGAAAUUGGUGCCCUUACUGCUCUGACUUCUUUGGACAUGAGCAGCAACAACUUGACCAGAAAUAUACCAACCGAGCUUGGAAAGUUGAAGCAUUUGGCUACCCUUUUUCUCGCAUUUAACAAGAUUACUGGACCUAUACCACCAGAGGUCAUGCAUUCAACUAGCUUAACCGCCCUAGACCUCUCCAGUAAUCUUCUCGAUGGAAGUUUACCCACUAAGUUAGGUUCUUUGAAGAAUCUGGAAGUACUGGGCCUAAGGAACAACAACCUUAGCGGUGUGAUCACAGAAGAACACUUUGCAAACUUGAAAAGUUUACAGUUCAUAGACUUGUCUUCCAAUAAUUUGAAGAUUGUAGUGGAUUCAGAUUUGCGUUCUCCCUUUAGUCUACAGUUUGCAUCUUUUGCUUGUUGCCAGAUGGGUCCUCUCUUUCCAUCUUGGCUUCAGCAACAGCGGGGAAUAUAUUCACUUGACAUUUCGAGCACUGGUUUAGAGGACGAGUUUCCUGAUUGGUUUUGGUAUACAUUUUCACAGACAACUGAUCUCGACAUCUCUAACAAUCAAAUAAGUGGUAGCUUGCCAGCACAUCUGCAUGGCAUGGCUUUUGAAGUACUCCACCUAAGUUCAAACCGGCUUAGUGGAUCAAUACCUUUGUUGCCGCCAAAUAUCACUUGGUUAGACAUCUCCAGUAACAACUUCUCAGGAGUAAUGCCAUCAAAACUUGAAGCCCCCCGACUUCAAAUACUAAUUAUGUAUUCAAAUCGAAUUGGUGGGUACAUUCCAGAAUCUAUUUGCAAAUUGCAAAAUUUAUUGUAUUUGGAUUUUUCAAACAAUUUAUUGGAGGGUGAUGUUCCUCAAUGCUUUGGCAUCCAAAAAAUACAAUUUCUUCUGCUCAGUAACAACAGUUUAUCUGGAUAUUUCCCAGCAUUUCUGCAGAAUAACACAGACAUGCAGUUCUUGGAUCUUGCAUGGAACAAGUUAUCUGGAAGGUUGCCUACAUGGCUAGGAGAUAUGGGGAAAUUGUGUUUUCUACUACUGAGCCAUAAUGCAUUUUCUGAUAAUAUUCCAGACAGCAUAACAAGCCUUGUGUAUCUUCAGUACUUGGAUCUGUCAAGCAACAAUUUCUCUGGUGCGAUACCUUGGCAUCUGUCGGUACGAAUGGAAUUCAUGUUUAUGGGAGAUACGCAUAAUGGAACCAAGGAAAAUGACAUCAUCAUCGGUACAGGAGCUGGUCACCUCGGAGAAAUAUUGUCAGUAGUAACAAAAGGACAACAACUUAUAUAUGGUAGAACACUUGCAUAUUUUGUAAGCAUUGAUUUAUCAGGUAACUCUUUGACUGGUGAAAUCCCCACUGACAUCACUUCCCUUGCUGAUCUAAUGAAUUUGAAUUUAUCAUCAAACAAAUUGAGUGGACAAAUUCCAAACAUGAUUGGGGCCAUGAAGUCACUGGUAUCUCUUGACCUCUCUGAGAACAAGCUAUCUGGUGAAAUCCCAUCAAGCUUAUCAAGUCUGACAUCUUUGGCUGCCUUGAACCUGUCCUACAAUGAUUUGUCUGGAAUGAUACCUUCUGGCCGCCAACUUGACACCCUCAGCGUAGACAACCCAUCACUUAUGUACAUCGGCAACAGUGGACUCUGUGGACCUCCUCUCCUAAAGAAUUGUCCAGGAAAUGAUUCUUUUAUCCAUGGUGAUCUCGGAAGCAGCAAGAAAGAGUUUGAUCCACUGACCUUUCAUUUUGGUCUUGUGCUGGGACUUGUGGUGGGGCUCUGGAUGGUGUUUUGUGCACUAUUGUUCAAAAAGACCUGGAGAAUUGCUUAUUUCCGUCUCUUCGACAAGGCGUACGAUCAAGUCUAUGUAUUUGUGGUUGUGAAGUGGGCAAGCAAGAACACAUCCGCAGAAUAA